AUGGCCGCGCCGCGCCUCCUCCUCCUGCUCGCUCUCGCCCUCACCGCCGCGUGCUGGGCAGGACGCGCCGACGGGCACGGCGUGCACCCGCUCUCGCGGAUCGCCAUCCACCGCGCCCGCGUCGCGCUCGACGCCUCGUCCGCCGUGCGGGCCUCGCCGAAGCUCCUCGGCUCGCGGGGUGAAGAUACAGCUUGGGUAACAGUAGAUUUCCACGUUCCGCAUGCAAGCGACGGCGACUGGAUCGGAGUGUUCUCACCUGCAAAUUUCAAUGCGUCAACAUGCCCCGGCUCUCAUGGAUCAGGCCCAGGCCCCGUGAUAUGCUCGGCACCCAUAAAGUUUCAGUUUGCAAAUUACUCGUCAGGCUAUGCCGGGUCAGGGAAAGGGACUCUGAAGUUCCAGUUGAUCAACCAGCGGCAGGAUUUCUCCUUUGGAUUGUUCACCGGUGGACUCUCAAACCCAAUACUUGUCGCGGUGUCAAACAAGAUUGCCUUCGCGAACCCGAAGGCUCCGGUUUACCCUCGUUUAGCGCUGGGAAAAACAUGGAAUGAGAUGACUGUCACAUGGACAAGUGGCUAUGCCAUCAGUGAAGCAUAUCCCUUUGUAGAAUGGGGCAUGAAAGGGAGCCGUCCUGGGCGCGCACCAGCCGGCACUGUCACAUUUGGUCGUGAAAGCCUCUGUGGAGAACCUGCUAGUACCGUUGGUUGGAGGGAUCCAGGUUUCAUACACACAGCAUUCCUGAAGAACUUAUCAGCAGACAAAGAAUACUACUACAAAAUUGGACAUAUGCUCCGUAAUGGAAAAGUUACAUGGGGCAAGCUUAACUUUUUCACAGCACCUCCUUGUCCCGGACAGAAGUCACUGCAGCGCGUUGUCAUUUUUGGUGAUAUGGGGAAGGCCGAGAGGGAUGGCAGCAACGAAUAUCAGAAUUAUCAGCUUGCAUCACUCAACACCACGGACGCGCUGAUCAGGGACAUUGACAACACCGACAUCAUGUUCCACAUCGGUGACAUCUCCUACGCCAACGGGUACCUGUCACAGUGGGAUCAGUUCACGCAGCAGGUCGAGCCGAUUACCUCUCGGGUCCCCUACAUGCUGGCAAGUGGGAACCAUGAGCGAGAUUUCCCCAACAGCGGGUCCUUUUUCAAUGGCACUGACUCCGGCGGAGAAUGCGGCGUGCUAGCCGAGACCAUGUACUACGCACCGAGAGAGAACAAAGAAAACUACUGGUACUCGACGGACUACGGGAUGUUCCGGUUCUGCGUGGCGGACAGCGAGCAGGACUGGCGCGAAGGCACGGAGCAGUACAAGUUCAUCGAGCGGUGCCUCGCCACGGUGGACCGGGCGAAGCAGCCGUGGCUGGUGUUCAUCGCGCACCGCGUCCUCGGCUACUCCUCAGGGUUCUCCUACGGCUACAACGGGGCGUUCGCGGAGCCAAUGGCGCGGCAGAGCCUGGAGAAGCUGUGGCGGAGGCACCGUGUGGAUGUCGCCUUCUACGGGCAUGUCCAUCAGUAUGAGCGGACAUGCCCCGUGUACGAGGAGAAGUGCGUGAAGGAUGGCACCGUGCACGUCGUCGUGGGGGGCGGGGGCAGCCACCUGACCAACUUCACCACCGAGGUCCCGCCAUGGAGCGUGUACCGGGACAUGGACUAUGGUUUCGGCAAGCUGACAGCGUCUGAUGAGAAGACGCUGCAGUUCGAGUACCGGCGGUCGAGCGAUGGCAAGGUAUACGACAGCUUCACCAUGCAUAAGGACAAGCAGGAUGUGUAGCUGUCCUCCAAGGACAUGAUCAAGAGGAAACCUAUUGUGAAAUAACAGGUUUCCUCUGUUAAUUUGAUGAAAACAUUCGCAUAUAAAUUCUCCUAAUUCUGUAUGAGUUUCAUUUCCGUGUAACUACUAUGUUGACUAGUUAGCUAAGGUGUGAGGAGCUCUCUGUCAAAA